UUUCUAUUGUGGUCCAGAAAGUGCAGGAUGUCGGGUCGCCAUUACAUUGUGGAGGGGAGGGUGUGAGGAAACUGUUAAUAAGAAGACCCCCCCCCAAUAUUAUUUUGGCUAUUGGUAUUGACGGUAAUCAGUAAGACUGGAGGCUUGUAAUUUUUAUUGUUAUAAUUAUUGAACAAUUACCAUUGAAAUAUUAGUCGUGAUGAGAGACGGAAAGAAUACUUGGUACUUAUACCAUUAGAGGGCGCUGAUGACCAGUGGUAAGAGGAAAACACCUGCGAACGCACAGAGCUAGAACAUCACUGCUCGGGGUAUUGAGCUGCACUGGCACAGCGUGUGUUAUGGUCUCUCACGAUUAAUAUGAACGAAUACUUACAAAACAUGACACUAGAGAACUUGCUGGGGAAAACAUCUGGGAAAAUGCACUGCCCCCUAAUAAACUAUCUAAAAAAUACUAGAAUAAGUGAGAGACUUUAGUAAUCUAGUAGGAAUAUCUAGUAUAUAGUUACUUAUCUCUUUAUUUUCUUUUACUUAUGUAGUAUUGUUUUGGUGUUAUUAUUAUUACUUUUUAUUUAUUCAUUUUUCCAUUUUAUUUUAUUUUCUGCCGAUCUACUGCCCAAACUCCAGUCCAGUAGGUGGCGGUAAUGCACCUUUAGCUGGUUUGCCAACCACCAUUAAAACAAAAAGAAGAAGAAAUAAUACUUGGUAUUCAUACCAUUAGAGGGCGCUGAUGAGCAGUGGUAGGGGAAAAACACCCACGAACGCACAGAGCUAGAACAUCACUGCUCGGGGUGUUGAGCUGCACUGGCGCAGCGUGUGUUAUGGUCGCUAAUGAUUAACAUGUCUUGUAAUUAAUUGCAGAACAUAAAGACAAUGGUGAGCAAAUAAAGAAGCUACAUUACAUACACCUGAAGAACCUGCCAGUAAUAGUUAUAAACACAUUUAUAAGCUUCAUCACCUUUUUCUCUAAAGGCAAAAUCACUCUGCUGGUAUUUUUCAACUCUGAUGAAAUAUAAAAAACAAAGUCAAAAAUGGUCAAUCAGAAUAUUCACCUGGAUAAAACAACAAGUGUUUCAUUAAUAAUAGUCAUUAGUUCAUACAGAUUUACUAACGUGUUGGUACAUGAGAGCUUUUGUGUGUUAAAAUGAGUCACCGCCUAUACUGGUGUACAAGUAAAAGUGCAAUCAGACCAGUCUGAAAGCUCACAUAGACCAGGAAGACGUCUUUUUAAAACAAGUGCACAAUUUAAUUACUACGGAUCCAGAGGAUCAGAGAAGAGAAGAAACAGGACGAGUUUUGAAAAAGAGAAGAGUAAAAGGGUUAAAAAGGAGAAGGAAAGAGGACAUAGUUGAAUCUUUAUCAUCACAACUACGACAAGGCAGAAGGAACAACAUGGAUACACCUACUGACUUUGCAGGUGAAUCCAGCAGCCUCCUGACUGAAGAGCAGUUACAGUGUUCUAUCUGUCUGGAAGUGUUCACUGAUCCCGUCACCACUACAUGUGGACACAACUUCUGCAACAGCUGCCUCAAACAAAGCUGGGAUACGCGUCAACAUUAUUAUUGUCCAUAUUGCAAAGAGAAAUUCACCAAGAGACCUGAAGUCAAGAUUAAUAUAACACUGAGAGAGGUUGCAGAUCACUUCAAGAAGAAAACAGUCUCAGAUAAGUCUCAGGUUCUUUGUGACUUCUGCACUGAUGUGAAGCAGGAGGCCUUGAAAUCCUGUCUGGAUUGUGGUGUGACUCUCUGUUCAUCUCAUUUAGAGUCUCAUAAUAAUGUUCCAAAAUAUAAGAAACACAAAGUAAUAAAUGCAGUGGAGAACCUGGAGAAAUACAUUUGCCAGGAGCACGAGAGACCUCUGGAGAUGUUCUGCAGAGACGAUCAGAAGUGUGUGUGUCAGUUCUGUACUGUGACGGACCACAAGAAUCACAAUGUUAUUCCAUUAGAGGAGGAGAGUGGACAGAGGAAGAGUCAGCUGGGGAAAACACAGACGGAGCUGCAGCAGAUGAUCCAGGAGCGACUGAAGAAGAUCCAGGAGAUUAAUCACUCAGUAGAGCUCAGCAAAAGAAACACAGAGAAGGAGAAAUCAGACAGUAUUGAAGUCUUCACUGCUCUGAUUCGCUCCAUUGAGAGGAGUCAGACUGAGCUGCUGGAGGUGAUGGAGGAGAAGCAGAAAGCAGCAGAGAAGCAGGCUGAAGGACUCAUUAAAGAGCUGGAACAGGAAAUCGAUGAGCUAAAGAGGAGAGACACUGAGCUGGAGCAGCUCUCACACACUGACGAUCAUCUCCACCUCCUACAGAUUUAUCCGUCACUGUGCAUCGCUCCACACACCAAGAACUGGACUGAGAUCAGGAUUAACACGGAACUGAGUGUGGAAGCUCUGAGGACGGCUCUGUCUCAGCUUCAGAAGACUCUGAAUGAGAAACUCAGUGUAACUCUGAAUGAGAAGCUGAAGGAAAAAGUCUCCACAGAACUGAAGAGGAUUCAGCAGUAUGCAGUGGAUGUGACUCUGGAUCCUGAUACAGCUAAUCUCUAUCUCAUCCUGUCUGAUGAUGGAAAACAAGUGACAUGUGGAGACACAAAGCAGAAUCUCCCAGACACCCCGAAAAGAUUCACUUUUUAUGCAAAUGUCCUGGGAAAUCAGGGUUUCUCCUCAGGGAGAUUUUACUAUGAGGUGCAGGUCAGUGGGAAGACUGAGUGGAGUUUAGGAGUGGUCAGAGAGUCUGUUAACAGGAAGGGGAAAUUUGAGACAUUUAAACCUCAGGAUGGAUUCUGGACUGUGGUUCUGAGGAACGGGAAUGAGUAUACUGCUCGUGAUGAUCCCUGUAUCUCCCUCUCCCUGAGAGAGAAACCCCAGAAGGUGGGCGUGUUUGUGGUUUAUGAUGAGGGUCUGGUCUCCUUUUAUGACAUCGAGGUCAUGUCUCAUAUCUACUCUUUCACUGGUCAGUCUUUCACUGAGAAACUCUAUCCAUACUUCAGUCCUUGUUUGAAUGAUGGAGGUAAAAACUCAGCACCACUGAUCAUCUCUCGUGUGUAAAAUUUACCCCUCACAAAAUCAGUAGUGUAUGAAAAGUCCAGAGUGAAAGAUAUUUUUUUCAAAACAGAUAUCACUACAUGAGUAAUGAUCAUGAAUUUUAAUAUCAUGUUAGGGUUAUCUGGAGUGCAUUGUGCAGGUCUAUUAAAAAUGGAACAAUGUAUAAUAAACCUUGAAUUCACCUUUUUGGUAGAGAAAUCAUUUAAUAAAAAAAACAUUAAUUUUGUUAGUUG